AGUUGAACUUGUCUGCAGUUUGAACCGAGCAAUCGAUAAGGAACUGUGCGAUAAUUUUACCUACAUUGUAUAUUGUAUUAUAGCCUAUAACCUUCUCGUUUGAAAAAAAAAAUAAUAAUAAAGUUCCGACUCGUAUCUAUGUGUCUGUGUAAGUGUUUGCCAAGUUAACCGCGUGUUUUUAUGGUGUAUCUUCUUCUCGCACACACACGAGAAUAUAGGUACACCAAAAAAUAUAAAUCAUAUUCAUUGAGUAAAAAUGUUUCCUUUUGUAAUUCGCGUACUCGUAUUUGAAAUGUGUUACGAUACGUUAGACGUAACUUACGACCUUUUUAUUCGCGUAUUGUUAUCUAUAAAAUACCUAUACACGUAAAAUAGUACAUCGAAAAAUUCUCAUACGUUAGAACGAAUUUCACGUUUCCGCUGACAGCGGCAGCGACACAAGCAGCAACAGCGGUGGUGGUACCUCUACCAUCGACACCACCGCCAGCAGCAGCAGUAGCAACCACAGCAGUAGGCAGGCCGCAUAUACGCCUCUUGUUGGCUGGUGCAGCGGUCACGACGACGAUGAACAGUGGCAUAGGACGAGGACUAGGACACCGCCAACGCCAACAAGGAACUCGCAUUGAUUGAUAACUAGCCAUGGACGAGGUGAUAGAUUCGUUGAACGAGAUCAUCUCGUCGUCCGCGAUGCAGGAUACUCAGGCUGGACGACAUAUGAGGAGCCAAGACGAGGACGACGACAGAAAACGUGAGGAUGUGGGGUCUUCGGUCAUCGAUAUAAUGACGUCUUCGUCAUCCACACCAGCCAGAAGUGGUGGCAGUGGCGGCAAUGGUGACAGAUCUGAUUUACCUUCGUUUCAUUAUUUCAUCAGCGAACAGGCGAAAUCGAUGCUGGCUUUGCAAGAAUUACAAAACGAAGUCGGCGCUUUGUUGGAGUUCCGCGAUCUUGUGAUGGAAGCUUUUCCUCAGCUACGUAAAAUGCCACAAACUGUGAUGUCUCCGACUAGCAAUAAAUGGGAACCAGGUAUACGAGUUAAACGUAAACUAGGCCAGCAGCUCAGAGAUCAAGAAUGUCUGGUAUCGUCGCUGGUGCCACGGUACCGAAGCAAUAGCCAAGGUAAGGCUUCGUCUCGUAGCGGCGAAGCAUCCGGAUCGGUGACUAGCAGCGCCAUACAAGAUUCCGGAUUUUGCACCGAGAGCAAUAAAGAUCAUUCUUCGGCCAUCAGCAGCAGCAGGAGUAAGAGUCGCGAAACCGAUGACGAGUUGUUCAGCUUACUCGAUAUUAUACACAGCAAAGGCACCAGAUUAAAGCUCGAGGUCGAGUACCUAUGGAAUCGAUUGAAUCGUAAAACAACCACGACGUCGAAUACCAUCAGCAGCAGCUUGACCACAUCCAAACGUCGCUGCAAAAGUCUCGAUGAUCUCAUUUGCAAGAAUACCAACACUAAUAACUGCACAGCCGCUGAUUACACGUUCGAUUGUUCGUUACGUUCGCAUUUCCUCGACAGCGAACUGGAUGACUUGAAGCACGAACGAGAUCUGCUGCUCAAGAAGCUGACUGAUAUCGAAAGCGAGCAUUUCGCCAAUCUUGCGCAAACCAACAGACUGCUAGCCGAGCUAGAGAACGUAUCGGCUGAAAAACGAGAUCUUGAGGAACGUCUUCGGGUAGCUAUCAGCACAGAGAAUGAACUACAACAGAGACAACAUCACAAUCAGCAAGAUACUCGACUUAGUGGCGGCGAUGAAUCGGCAACUCAGCAGCAUCGUGCUUUCUUCGAACGUAAUCAACCAUCGCGUAAUGCUCAAACGCCUUUUGCAAAGUGCCAACUAUUAAAAUUAGUGCAAUUCUUCAAAGAGAAUCAAUCUUCGACCGCUGCUGACCAGCAACAGCAUCAGCAGCUGACUUCGACGACAAGUAGCCAAAGAGAACCGUACUUCACAACGCCUAGCGAACAAUCGAAUCUGUCGUUCGAUACAACGACAACCGUAUCGGUGGCUGGUACCAAACUAGACAGGCCCACGAAUCCAUUAACCAAAGAGCUCAGCUCGGUAGAUGGUAAAGAAGCCUCGACGAGAAUAGACUUAAGAGAAGAGUUUGACAAAAGACGCAGAUGCAGGAGUAGAUCCGAAUGCCCUUGCGACGAUUGCAAGGCUAACGAUCAAACUGGUAGCGAUUCAGUAGCCACAGCCAAGACUGCAGCCAUCGUUAGGCAAUCGAGUACGUCUUCGGCUACAUCGGCCAUCGAUCAAUGCAUUAGCAGCAUUGGUAAACCAGACAUUCUAAUUGGAUUUUUAAGCGGCCAUUCGUCUUUCUCAGAGGUGCCAAAAAUCACUAGCAACGUAUCGUUAUCGAAAGAAAAAGUACUCGGUAUACUAAACGAAUUCAAUCCUGUCGAAUUGCACAGAUACCUGUUAACGUUAUCCUAUCAAAUAGAAGCGUUAAACGUGCACGUGCAACGUAUCUCCAAAUCUAGACUGAACAUAUUCCAGCAACUGAAUAGGUUUAAAAUCGAAAACGAAGAUCUAAGAUUCCAGCUGGAAGAGAAAAACAUCCAACUCGAAGGUACCAAAGCCAAAGUUCGCGUACUCGAGCGAAUGCGAAACGAAAAAUUCUGCUAUUCGGCCAGCGAUCUGAUGUCAUCGUCUGGUAAACCAAACACAUCGCAUCAAGAGUCAAACGAUAUGUUCACCUGCCCGGUAUCCGAUACUGCUCUACUGCAGCAGUCUUCCAAUCAGAUGCUGACCAGUAGUAAACAUAGCGAAAAAUGCCAAGAUCUGAGGGAUCAUAGUGAUAAUCGAACAAAACCUUUGUCGGCCGGGCCUCCGUCGACGUCUAAACGAAUCAUAAGCAAAAUUCCACUAAAGACUAACUCGUCCAAGAUACCAACCAAGUUGGCAUCUUGCGGCAGCUCCUCGGCUAAAAAGCUAACUAGUUUUAGAGAUUGUAAAGAAUAUUCGUCGCCGGGACCUCCGACCAAUAGUUCCUGCGUAUCUUCUAAUGCAUCCUCGUUGAAUAAGUGACUCAUUCUACUUUGACUUUGGUUUUGUUAUUUUUUUUCUUUCUUUCUAAUUUUUUUUCCUUUUAUUUUGGACUGACUGAUCGUAAGUACAUUAAUAUUGGAUGAGCGAAUUGCGGUGUAUUUUGGAAUACUCAUUUUUUUAUUUUUUAUUUUUUUGUGUCUUAUUUUUUUGUUUUUUCCUAUCUUCGUUUUUCUCUCUCUCUUAUCGAUUUUUAUUAUUUAUUUUAAAUAGGUACGAAAAUCAUACUACGCGAUGGAAUUAACUUUAGACCGGUUGAGUUUAUGAAUGCCUUGGAGAUGGGUGUUGAUAUUUCUCUAUUUAUCUCUCUUUUACUCGGAUUUAUUUUUUGCCUUUUAUUUUCGUUUAUCUAUGUAAGAUAAUUCGUCGUUUUUUUUGUUUAUUUGUUUUUUUGUUUCGUUUUGUGUUUUGUUUUUUUUUUUUCGAUUUAUACACGCGAUUGUACGAAGUCUUUUUUUAUAUUGAUAUUGAUGUUAUAUGGUUCACAAUGUAAGAUAAGGUAUUUUAAUGCACUUUGGCAUUUUAUUUUUCUCAAAUAUGAUAAUAUUAUAUACAAACAGAUUAUCAUAAUCACAAUUUUAAAAAAAAAAAAACAUCACAUUACACUAUUACGCGCGAGUGAGGAAAGUCUCAAGUAUACUAUUCUCUUAAUAAGUUUUUUUUCAAUUUUCAAAUUUUUUAUAAAAAAAAUAAUUUUGAGAACGAAACGAACUCGAUACCGGCUCGGAAUUUUUUUUUAGAUUUAAUUUUUUACGAUGGUAUGUGACUUAUACUGAUAAAUGUCACUUUCAGUUACCAAGUAUCUUCCUUACCAAAGUUUAAUAUGUUCACGGGCCUGUACCUUAUUAUUUUUAAUGAUUAUAAGACGAGUAGAGAAAAAUAAACGAGAAUUAGAGCGAAUGUGGUCACUACUGGUUGUGGUUUUUCUGAGGAAAAGUUGAAGCCAUAUGAAAUUUUUUUUUACAUAACUAUGAAUGAAAAUCUGCACGAAGGAGAAAAUAAAACCUCGCGAGAACUCCUUUUUUUUUUGAAAAAAAAAACAAACCGGUGUCAAUUUUUUUCCAUGAAAAAAUAUAUCUUACUAUUUUAGAAUGAAAUUCGUAGUCAUUGGUGUAUUUUUUUUUGUAUACGUUAUUCGAUAGGACACGAAUUACUCGUUAAAUAUAAACAAAAAACUUGCUCAAUUUUGUUAGUGCGUAAAAAAAUCAUCAUUUUGAAUUCUAUACGAUUUUUUUGAAAAUAGAAGUAGCCUUUUUGAACGUAGUAGGUAGAGAUUUUUGUUUGUAUUUUGAAACAAAUGUGUAAUAUUCCAGGGAGUUAUAAUCGACGUACUUUUGACCAGCGUCGAUAUCAAAGUGAUCGAUUUUGUACUCUUUACGUAAAAUCAUUCCAAUAUUUCUUAUCGAUCGAUUCGAUAAAGUCUUAUACUUUUUAUUUUACGUGUUUUUUUUUUUUUUUUUUUCGUAGUGUGAAACCUUCACGUAGUCCAAAAACAUUUCCAUUUUACCGGCAUUUAUAAACGGACAGGUUUUGAGUUAAUUUUUUAUUAGCUUUAAAACCUUAUAUAUUUUUCUAUUGUACUUUAUUCUUUUUUUUUUUUUGUUUUUAUUACAAAUUUUAUCAUUUAUUCGAAAUUUUAUUUUGAAUUUGUUUAUUGUGUACGCUGCAAUAUGUUUUUUUUGUCGUAUUUGUUUAAAAUGUAUAAAUACAUUUCAUAUUUGUUUAUUUUGAA